UUUGAAGCUUAAGUUGGUAACAGGAACAUUUUGUUGUUUGGGUAGAUACCAAAUAAGGUAUUUGUGUACAACACAUUAAAAAAAAGUAUGAGUUACAUUUGUAUACAACGCCAUCUGCUGGCAGCUCUAAAAUACUUACGUUUUGUGUAUCAUCUGUGUUAGAGGGGCUACAUUGGUGCAGACGCUACAAAUGUAAAUAAUUUAAAUGUACAAUAUACAUCCUGCUGCUUUAAUUGGAUUUAGAGAACUUUAAAUAGAUCACGUUUGUUGAAAUAGUCAAUGAACCAUAUCAUUAGCAAGUAUUGCUUAUUUAAAAUGAUUGAAUAUAAUUUUAUUUCAUUAUAUAUAGCAACCACAUAUUAUGCAAUAUAUAUAAUAUAUAAUGUAUAUCAUGCUGUAAAAAAUAUAUAUCAGCAUAUUUUUGUUACUGAAGCUUAAAUUAAGUUAAACAAAUUUAACCUGUUUUAACGUGUCAACUUCUUACAAGUCAACUUAGAAAUAGGUUAAAUUGCAUGUUUUUUUACAGUGCACAUAUAAAUAAAAGGAAAUAUAAUUUAUAGAAUAGUCACUAUAAUUGUUUAAAACCAAAUUAGGCAUGGGCCUUCUGGUGAGUUAAAAGUUUUUAAAAAACGAGACAAUUGACUUUUAUAAACAUGCAAUAUAUAGGCGCAUGAAAAUAUGCCAAAUUAAGCCAUACGGUCUUACAGUUUUAAUUUGUAGUCCCAGGCAGGUUAUUAUGUUAAAUAUCACAAAUGCAUAAAAAAAUCGAAUUUUCAAUAAACAAUUAUAUCAUAAUUGACAUUAUCAUAACUAACAAAACACACCACCUAAAGCCGUUAGUUCACAUUUGAUUAUCCAAUAGCCACUGUUUAAUAGAUGUAGAAAAGGAAACAAAAGGGCCAAUUGUCAUUAAAGUCAUCUUACAGUUCCCUUUGUGUAAAACCAUGAAAUUUGUUCCUCAUAUUCAACAAAUUGGCAAAAAAUAACAGUUUAUGACAGCAUCUAGGUAAGAGCACUUACAAUGAAUUUCUUUAGUGUAAGUGCUUUUCUGUGCAUAAUCGGUGCUGUUGAAUUGUGCACAAAUGUAAGUUUUCUCAAUUUAAAUUUGUGUUUUUAUAAAUGUUAACUUAGUUUUUAGUAAAUACUUGUAAAAUUUGACGAUUUAAGUUUCUUAAAUUUUAGAAUGUUUACCAUUUAACUAAAUUUUGCAACCUUAGAUUACAGAGAAUCUGCAUUACUCGUGUAUGGGAAGAAACCUCAGCUAUAUACCAGCCAGUAUACCCUCCUCUGUUCAAACACUUGAUUUCAGUUUUAAUGUCUUGAGAUACUUACAGAAGACUGUAUUCCCGGUUUUCUCCUUUCUGCAAGUUCUUGAUCUUUCAAGAUGCAACAUCAUACACAUUGAAGACGAUGCUUUCUACAAUGUGAAGAAUUUGACAGCUUUGAUUCUCACCGGGAACCCUGUUACACAUUAUGGACUUGAAUGCUUUAAUAUCUUACAUAAUCUACAGCGACUGGUUCUUGUGGAUGUCGGUCUCACUUCCCUACAGUUUCAUAUGAACAAUCUGACCAAACUACAGGAACUUAAAGUUGGGACAAAUAACCUUCAGUCCAUGACUCUCCCUCCAUAUAUGAGCAGUUUUACAGACUUCACUGGGUAUGAUCUACAUGCUAAUAAUAUAUCCUUCAUAAAAUCUGAUCACACCACUGUACUGCGAGAGAUUGGCAGGAACAUGACAUUAAUACUCUGUAGGAAUCCUUUGUUAUACAUUGAACCAGGAGCUUUCAAAGACAUUUAUCUGAGAGAGCUGGACAUACGAUCUGCAUUUGUUUCAUCUUCUGCUCAAGAACUUGGUCUGAAAGCUCUUUAUGGACUUCAUGUCAGGAGACUAAUAUUGGGAAAUUACAGGGACACGUAUAGCUUUAACUCGUUGGAUGAUGAGCUUUUAGAUGGCAUUUGCUCUAUUUAUUUUCAGGAGAUAUAUUAUUACACAUCAGAAAGGCCUGAUAAGCAAAUUCCCAUUUUUCGGUGCAUGGUUAAUGCCACAAAUAUAACAGUAAAACGGGCUUACAUUCCUCAAAUGGAGUAUGUGCGUUUUAAUAAACUGAAGGAUCUUUAUUUAAUUUCCAGUAUGUUAUGGGCUUUGCCAGGUCAACAACUUUCACAUCUCCAUACUUUAGAAAGACUUGUGAUAACAGACUCUUCACAUCUCCGCGGUGGCACCUUUACUGACAUGCCUAAACUUCGGUAUCUGGAUCUGAGCUCUAACAAACUGACGUUAGAUUGCUGCAUAACACUGCUGUCUGGCACACCUCAAAUCAAAUACUUGAAUUUGAGUCUAAAUGCAGAAAUCGGAUUUCGCUUGGGAGCAUUUAAUGGUCUUGAAUCCCUUGAGAUUUUGGAUAUCCACCAUACAAGGGUUUUGGAUAUUGGACACUUUUCACUUUUGUCUAACUUGAAGGAUUUGAGGUAUCUGGAUUUGUCCUUUUCAAGCAUCACGUUUGAGAACACCCUUUGCUUUUUUGGGCUGAUCAGUCUGAAUGUUCUUAAGAUAGCUGGUAAUAGUUUUCACGCUGAUGUGUCAAGAUAUUUAUUUAAUAAUCUCACAUAUUUAGAGUAUCUUGAUAUGUCGUAUUGCCACAUUGACAAAUUACAUCCAAGCUCUUUCAAAGAUCUUCGAAGGCUUAAGAUUUUAAAUCUCAGUGGAAACAAGUUAAUGACUAUAGAUUUUCUGACCAACACAAAUCUGAAGAAAUUAACAUCAGUUUACCUAAAUCAAAACAGCAUUACUAGUAUCUCACUUGAUGUUCUCCAGAAGUUGCCUACAAAUCUUUCAUUGUUUGGUUUGUCCUUUAACCCCUUCGAUUGCUCCUGCUCUCACACAGAUUUUAUUUUGUGGAUCAUCAAUCAUCAGCAGAUGUUGGAUCAGCCACAUAACAUGUUAUGUAAAACCUCUUCACCGAGCUCAGAUUUUACAGUAACUGAUUUUGACAUUGACAGCUGUGUGCACAGAACCAAACUCACAAUUGUUUUAUUGAUAUGUUUUGUGUUGGUAGUGGCUGUUUUAUCAGUCCUGGUUUAUAGGUUUCAGUUUUAUCUGAAAUACUCCUGUGUACUACUGAGAGGUUACAGAUCAGCCAGACAACAAGAAUUUGCCUAUGAUGCAUUUGUGAUUUUCUCAAGCUAUGAUGAAAUGUGGGUCAUGAAUGAACUGAUGGAAAAUCUGGAGAAUGGAGUUCCACCUAUUCAGCUUUGCCUUCACAUGCGGGACUUUGAAGCCGGAAAAUCCAUCGCCUCCAACAUUAUUGAUGAAGGAAUAAUGGGUAGCCGUAAAGUCAUCGUGGUUGUGUCUCAACACUUUAUUGACAGUGACUGGUGUCGCUUUGAGUUUGAAAUAGCUCAGUCCUGGUUUGUGAUGGAACGCACUGCCAACAUCAUCAUCAUCAUUCUGGAAGAUGUGGAGGAGAGGAAGACUAAGAAAGUGUUUGGUCUUCACAAACAUCUGAAGAAGAACACAUACCUGAAGUGGAGUAGAGACCCGCUGAGUAAAAUGAGAUUCUGGAUUCGACUCCGGAAAGCGAUUAUUGCCACAAAAUAAUAAAUUGCAUCGAAUAAAUGUAGUUUGAUCAAUUAUGUUACUUUAUUUUAUAUAAGAAUUAACAGAGGAUGUUUAUUAGGGGGUCAAGCACAAAUGCGGGGGGGGGGGGUUGAUUGACGUUUGAUUAUAAAUCAUGGCACUUGGCAAGUCUAGUCUUUGUACAAGGUACAAUCAAUGGUUAAAAGGACUUUCACAUAGCUCAAAAAACAUGGCCGCCAUUGACCAAUGAACUUAUGCAGCUAUUAGACAAGGUUAACGGAGGCAGAUCAGAACGAAACUCAAUGGGACUGUUUAACUCUUGAUCCCAAAGGUUUUUGGAAAGGUUGAACAAAAACCAGCCACCAGGGGCGGUAUCACGUUUUUUCAGUGUUUAAGUGAUUUUGUAUUUUGCAGUGUUUCAGAUAUAAACAAGAUACUCAUAUCAUUUGAUAGAUCUCCUAAUUCUGAACAACUUUGCCUCAAAAACCAAUGGUCUCAGUUAAAUCAUUGAUUGGAUAUAUGUUGGUUUUUCAGGCGAUCAAAACCAAUCCAGUGCAGAAACAUUCUUUAGACACCGAAUAUCAAUAGUUAUCAAAAAAUGUUGAACAUUCGACUCAUCGUCACAACACCACACCUAAAUAUUUGAAGUGGUGUGGCCACUUUUACUUAAAUGGCUAUAAUAUAUGAUAGGAAUAAAAUAUUAACACCAAACUUGGUACACUUAUGUAUGGACCCAGUCUGAGGGAAUGUAAGAUUGAAAAUAUAGGAAUUUAUUACUCCGUCACAACCCCUAUUUCCAUUCUGUACCAUCUGCAUUCCUGUGCUCAUUUACUUUAGGUAGAGUUGUUUAUCCAGUAGACUGGGGGUUAAAGGUGAUCUUCUGAUUGGUCAAUUUGAAUGUAUCAUGUUAGGUUUAGUCACAUGGUGAAGGGAUAGAGGAUAAAUAGAGGAUAAAGGACAAGAUUUUUCAGGUCACUAGGCCUAGACUCCAGUUCGCAUUGAUUCCUAACUUUCUUUCUCUGUUCUCUAUACUAUCAGGUAAUAUCUCACACACAUUGGAAACAGUUAAUUGUACAUGUAUUAUUUACCAUUUCAUGCAUUUAUAGUGUAACCAUUUCAAUUGUAACUUUAAGUCAGUAUUGUUAUUAAACCUUUUUAUUAAUAAAUCUGUUGUUUAGUUUUGUUUUAAUGGUAAUACUUAAAUGCUAUACAAUAUAUUCAUACUCUAGCAAUGCUCUCAAACCUGGGAACGAUUGCGAUUUUGUUCUCCUUCCAAAACCUGAGAACCCUUACAGGAACAUGCAAAAAACUGCAGAGCUUUACCACUAGUUGGUGUAAUGCAAUCCCAAACAGUUAUAUUAUCAAAUCUAAAUGUCAUAAAGAAACUGGAGCUUGUUUAUAUGUUUUAAGCUCACAAGGAGCCUUUGGAGCAUUAUUAUUGGAAGCUGAAAAAGCCACUCCUUAGCACCCAAAAAUAGUCCUCAUGCAACAGUUUAGCAAAACCUAUAUCUAUGAAUCAGAACAUCAUAGAGACAUGGGUUUGGGCUUGUUUCACUUGUGGCUAGGAGCAUAAUCAUUGACCAAUGCCAAUUUACUCUCUAACAAUCAAACAGAGUACCAUGUCAGCAAAACCUAUAUCUCUGCAAUAUUAUAUUUUAAAGACAUAGGGGUGGGCUCUUUUAAUUCAUGUUAACAUUAUUGUAACAUUUUGUGUCUCAAAUUUUGCCACGGCAAGCACCACUUUACAUUUUCUUCAGAAAAUGUACCUAUCUAGUUACAUGUUAGUGUUCCAAAUUUUAAGUAGAUUUGCUAACAAUGCGGAAUAUCUACACAGGCAUGCUCUUAAGGUCUUACAAACACUUGCAGCUGUAUUUUCAUGUUGUCUUCAGUCUGUAUUCAGGCAAACUCUUCAAAAUGAUUUGUUUGUUGUAGAUACUUCAAACAAAGGGCUUUGUGCACAUUUAAGUGAUGAAUUUCAAAAUGAAUAACUUGAAUAUACAAAAUAGAGAAGUGAGAGUUGGAUGCACUCUUGUAAAAGACAACAGAGUAUAAACAGAUCUGUGUUAAACGCUGUAGUGAAAUAGAUGUAAUUUUGUUAUUAUAUGUUAUUGUUUAUUCACUCUUUUGGCCUAUAAUCAACCCUUAAGUUGCAUUUCAUCUGUAAAGUAAAUACUUAAAGAAACUGAUGUUAUGGUUACAUGCAAGUACACAACUGCUUUAAAUAGCAAAUGAAAAAGUUUUCUAAAAUGAUAAUCUGAUCCUGGUGCUGUGUCCUCGCGAUCCAUUUGAUAU